UUAUCCGGGACAGUCUUUUUCUGCAAGUAGCUUCCUGAACCAUCCAGAGAUGCGUGCGGCAACCACCAUAGUGUUGGCUUCGUUGUCAGUCUGUGCUCACUUGCUUGCAAAUCCCAUUCGUGGUAGUGAAGAAUAUGACACCGAAGUGAAAAACACGAAUAAAACUAAUCAUACUACAGAGACACCUCUCGAGCCUACCAAACUACCCGAGAUCAGGCACGCGUGUGACACUGUUCCCCGUGCGGAUGUCGGCGUUGGGCCAUGCCUUUACUACUGCGAUUACGUGGAACAUAACGAUACCUGGCUAUACGGUUACUACCCAGAUGGCUUACCUUGCUGGGCGGAAGAUCGUAGUGACGCGAAACCGGCCGGAGUACCUGGAAUAUGUUUUGAAGGCAUUUGCUACCCUCACGACCACGACAAUAUGACGCUGUUUUAUAACUCCUCACGAGAAGAAGACUAAGGUGCUGAAGUUAUCAAAAUAAAUGAUUUUGAGGACCGUGACAA